AUGCGUUUCUACCAGCUUCUCCCUGCCAUUGCCCUUCUAGGGUGUUCGGAGGCAUCUGAACCUCUACAUUCUAAAGAAAAGCCGAAUAUUAUGUUCAUUAUUCUGGACGAUCUUGAUUACCACAUGACCGACUUGGGCAGUGUCAUGCCAUCGGUCAAAAAGCACAUUAUUGAUCAGGGAACAACCUUCCCCAAUCACUAUUGCCAAGUAUCUCUCUGCUGCCCUGCCCGCGCAUCCAUCCUAACCGGCCAGACUGCUCACAACCACAAUGUGACCGAUGUUCACUACCCCAGUGGUGGAUAUCAGAAGUUCUAUGAGCAAGGUUUCAAUGAAAAUUAUCUUCCGGUGUGGCUCCAGGAAGCUGGGUACGGCACAUACUAUGUAGGCAAGCUCCUCAACGAUAUUAGUACCCAAAACUACAACAAUCCCUACGUAAAUGGGUGGGAUGGUAUCGAUGUGCUGCUUGAUCCCUUUGCCUACGACUUCUGGUCUCCCGCCUUUGCUAUGAACAAGGACCCUUGGCAGCGGUACAGCAACAACUACACAACGGAUCUGGUCUCCCUCAAGUCAAUGGGCUUCUUGGAAGAUGCGCUUGCUGAUGACAAGCCCUUCUUCUUGGGGGUUGCACCCAUUGCCCCGCACAGCGAAGUAUUGGUGAACACUACUAGUCUUACCGCGACCUUCUCUGCGCCAAAGCCGGCUGCGCGGCACAUUGGGAAGCUUGCUGGUGCUCAGGUGCCGCGGACCGAUAAUUUCAACCCGGACAAGCCAUCAGGUGCUAGUUGGGUCAAGACUCUGGAUCAGCUGAACGAUACGGAGGUUCAGCAGGGCGAUGAGUGGUACCAAGCUCGUCUUGAAUCCCUUUUGGCUGUUGACGAGAUGGUAGAGUCGUUAUUUGCUAAACUGGAGGAAAGUGGGAGACUAGACAAUACCUACGUGAUUUUCACGAGCGACAAUGGUUUCCACAUUGGCCAGCACAGGCUCUCCCCCGGGAAGACAUGCGGGUACGAGGAAGACAUCAACGUACCUUUUAUCGUCCGUGGUCCUGGAAUCACCAAGGGACACACCAUGGAUGUCGUCUCUGGCCAUAUCGAUCUGGCACCAACCAUUUUGGAGAUGGCCGGAAUUUCCCAGCGCGACACGUUCGAUGGUAGCCCCAUUCCUCUAACUGAGGAGGCACUCAAGGCGCUGACGAAGCCAAAGACCGAGCACACUAGCAUAGAGAUGUGGAGAAGCAAUAACCAAAGCUUCUUACGGACUGGAAAGAUGGAGAUGAUGGAGGAAGCGGCGCAAAAUACCUACAAGUCGGUUCGCCUCAUCAGCGGAGAGUAUAAUCUGUACUAUUCUGUUUGGUGUACGAAUGAGCAUGAGCUGUAUGAUAUGAAGGCAAGUCUUCACCUGCAGAGUGACUCGCAGCAGAUGAACAACCUAUUCGAAGGCGGUUUUGGAAGAAGUCAUGAGAAUACUGACAUUGUUAGACUUGCUCACCGUCUUGAUGCGCUCUUGUAUGUUCUCAAGAGCUGCCGCGGAGACUCAUGCCGCUACCCAUGGGAAGCACUGAUGCCGAAUGAGACGGUUAAUAGCCUAACUGAUGCUAUGAGCCCUCAAUAUGACGAGCUCUUCGAGACAAUUCCAAAGGUCUCAUUCUCAUCAUGCCAGCAGGACCAUAUUAUCGAGGCGGAGGGACCACAGUUCGAAACAUGGACUGUCGAAGGUAGCAAGACAACUCGUGAAAUUAGUAGGGGUUGGGAUCCUGUUCAAGCUUGGAUGACUUGA